AUGGCGCCACGCGGGCAGCUGCUCGCCGCCUCCCCUCUGGUGUCAGGUAUGCCUGCAGAGGCCACUUCAUCCAACAUGGGAAAGCCGGUGCAGAUUGUGUCCAUCGGAGAAGACAAUGCUCUCCAGCUGAAUAGAAAGGAGCUGGAAAAAAUCUUACUGGCUCCAAACGUGAAGGACAAGCCUGUCGCCGUGGUGUCGAUAUUUGGCGCUUUCCGGAUGGGCAAGUCUUUUCUAAUGAACUUCCUGCUGCGAUACCUGCGCAGCCAUGACAAAUCGAACUGGAUGGGUGACGAGGACACUGCGCUCACGGGGUUCAGCUGGAGCACUGGCCCUGAACGGAACACCAUAGGCAUACAUGUUUGGGAUGAAGUGUUUCUGGUCCCUACGUCUACAGGAGAGGAGUUGGCCGUGUUGGUGAUAGACACACAGGGCGCGUUCGACGGAAAGUCUUCGGCGGAUGAAACGGCAAACCUCUUCGCCCUAAGCAUUCUGACAAGCUCAGUGCAAAUUUACAAUAUCUUCCACAACAUUCAAGAGGACCACCUCCAGCACCUGCAGCUCGUUGCUGAAUAUUCCAUGGAAACUCGGAAGAGUCGUAACAACUGGAUGGCAGUGGUGGCAUCAAACGGAUCCACCACAAGAGAUAUUGUGGACAGCCGAUAUGCAACAACUGACUGCAUAGGGUGGGAUCGAGUUCACCGACUGGAAGGCAACGCUGAGGCUCGCUACCUGAAUGACCUAACGCCGGACGACGGCUGCUCGUGGGACUGCUGA